AAAAACGACGUUGUCUCGUGAAAUAAAUCAAAGGAGGAACCUUAAUAUUUAUCAAAUCGAAAAAUGACAUAAAAAAAAAGUGGACGGAUAUACAUAUGUUGUUGAAAUCCAAGAGUGUGUUCGUGUUAGGCACGUAUUUGUCAUUAUUCCACAUUCACGACGAUGAUUCAUUUUCAACUCCUUAGAAAACUAUCAUCAUUCGUUGUUACCGUGUAAGAACAAGUGCCUGCAAAUUCAAAUCUUUUUAAUAUUAUUCUUCAUUUUUCUAUUUUUUUCUUUGUUGAAGGAAGUAACGUGGUGAUUCCCUCUUCUUCUCUCCCACUCUCAUGCACUUAUUUGGCUUAUAAGUGCAAGAAGAAGCCAUUGCACCACAGAGUCUCCCUUUGUUUCUCUCUCUCUCUCUUCAAUGUAUGAAUGUAUGGGAAAGUCAACGGCAUGUUUGGUUGGUGCCAUUGUGAUCCUGUGGUGCUGCAUAACCCAUGUCACAUCUGAUGCAUCGGAUCACCGUUACAACAAAGGAGAUUCCGUUCCCUUUUAUGCCAACAAGGUGGGACCCUUUCACAAUCCCAGUGAGACAUACAGAUAUUUUGAUCUUCCAUUUUGCUCACCAGCAGCUAAUGUGGAAGAAAAGAAGGAAGAUCUUGGUGAAGUUUUGAAUGGGGAUCGAUUAGUUGUUGCUCCAUACAAACUGGACUUCCAAAUUGACAGAGAACCUGAGAGUAUCUGCAAAAAGAAGCUUACAAGAGAAGAGGCUGCUCAAUUCAAACAUGCUGUCUUGAAGGACUAUUUCUACCAGAUGUACUAUGAUGACUUGCCCAUUUGGGGUUUCCUUGGAAAAUUUGAUAAUGAAGACAAAGAUGAUCCAACUGGGGCCACAGUCUUUCUUUUCAAGCAUGUCCAUUUUGAGAUUCUGUACAACAAGGAUCGGAUCAUUGAUGUUUUCGUUCGAAACGAUCCACAUGCAGUUGUGGACCUAACAGAAGAAAGUGAAGUGGAUGUGGACUUCACAUAUUCUGCCAAAUGGACUGAAACAGAUAUUCCAUUUGAGAAGAGGCUAGAGAAAUACUCACAGACAUCCUUUCUGUCACAUAACUUGGAAAUCCAUUGGUUUUCUGUCAUCAACUCAUGUGUAACUGUUCUCCUCUUGACUGGAUUCCUGGCCAUAAUUCUCAUGCGUGUGCUCAAGAAUGAUUUUGUUAAGUUUACUCCUGAUGAGGAAGCAGUUGAUGACCAGGAGGAAAGUGGAUGGAAGUAUAUCCAUGGUGAUGUGUUCAGGUAUCCUAGAUACAAGUCUUUGUUUGCAGCAGCACUUGGAACAGGAACUCAGCUAUUUACACUGGCAAUCUUCAUCUUUAUGCUUGCUCUAGUUGGUGUAUUCUAUCCAUACAACAGGGGAGCUUUGUUUACUGCGCUUGUCAUCAUAUAUGCACUAACAUCUGGCAUCGCAGGCUACUAUGCAGUUUCCUUCUAUUACACAAUUGAAGGGAGAAACUGGGGGAAAAUUUUGGUGUUGACAGGAAGUUUGUUCUCUGGACCAUUGUUUUUUACAUUCUGCUUUCUUAACACUGUUGCACUUGCAUAUAACUCCACUGCGGCACUUCCAUUUGGAACAAUUGUAGUUAUUUUCCUCAUAUGGACUCUUGUAACCUCACCUUUACUAGUACUUGGUGGCAUUGCUGGUAAGAAUAGCCAAUCAGGGUUUCAGGCUCCUUGCCGCACCAACAAAUAUCCUAGGGACAUUCCACAACUACCUUGGUAUCGUAGAACUCUUGCUCAAAUGGCUAUGGCAGGAUUUUUGCCUUUCAGUGCCAUUUACAUUGAACUCUACUACAUAUUUGCUAGUGUGUGGGGUCACCAAAUUUACACCAUAUACAGCAUAUUGUUUAUUGUUUUCAUCAUCCUCUUGAUUGUCACUGCUUUUGUCACUGUGGCAUUGACAUACUUUCAGCUUGCUACUGAGGACCAUAAAUGGUGGUGGAGGUCUUUCCUUUGUGGUGGAUCAACUGGCUUGUUCAUAUAUGGCUACUGCUUGUAUUACUAUUAUGCAAGAUCAGAUAUGUCUGGCUUCAUGCAAACCUCUUUCUUUUUUGGCUACAUGGCUUGCAUUUGCUAUGGUUUCUUUCUCAUGCUUGGAAGUGUGGGUUUCCGUGCUGCUUUGAUCUUUGUUCGUCACAUAUAUCAUUCUAUCAAGUGUGAAUAAUAGCUUACUGCCACCAACCAUACGCUUUCUUUUCCCUUUGUUGUAAGUGAUUGUAAGUGAUACAGAAACUUUUCCUCUAAUGUCCCCAGUUUUUGUAGCAAAUGGUUUGCCAAAAAUAGUGGGGGGAUAUCUUAAGAUCCUCAAGUGCUUUACACAAAUGACAAAUCCUAGAUCUCUACCGGUGCUUCAUAUAGUCUCAGAACAUGUAUGACAAUAGUGUAACACACAAUUCUUUAUCUUGGAAAUAUAGAAGCUAUUUAUUUGCAUUACUUGCAAGUGUAGAAAAAAGAUUUCUACCAUAUAUUCUCACAUAACAUGUAAUGACAGUAGUGGAAAGCAAACAGAUGCUUUUAAAAUUUCCAAAAACUGUGUAAUACCUUAUCUCCUUUCUUGUAAUGUGCCCUAGCAUAAAAGCAAUAUGCAUUAACAUCUUCCUCAAACCCACCAUCUGUUAGUUUCAAUGAGGAACAAGCUGUCAGUAAGAUAGAAUCAGGAAUGGAAGUGUUAGAUAGCAAAUGCUCUAAAUCCUCAACAGAGAUAUGCAAUAUAAACACACAGCUUCAUCCCACGGUAUAUGCAAUGACCGAGAAUAUAUCUAGAUUUUUGAAAGUUUAAUGUGACAAAAUGAUAGUGAGUGGUAAUUUAUCCCUACAACUAACUAUAAAUAUGCCAUGUAAUAUAUGAAGGCAGAAGCCAAUGUAUCAGUCAAUAAAAUUUAAUCAAUUUUCAAUAAAACUUGGCUUUCUUAUUGUCGAAAUAUUUGAACUAAAGUAUAACUCUUAAAAUCAAUUAGUCAAAAUAAGUCUGUUGUAAUCUCAUUGAUGUAAGUACAGGUCCAGGCAAGGAAAAGUUUUGUUGGUAUAACUAUCCAAAAUUAAAAUGAAGAAAAUUAAGGAUGUUUGCAGUCCAUGAAUAUGCAGGAAAAGUUUCUAACCCAAACCCAAGCCUUAAAUGUUAAAAACUGGGGCUUAAACAAGAGAUCUUCCAUCA